AUGGCGACUGCGACCAGCAGCCGGGUCAGAUCGCUCUUGCGAGAUCCAAGCUUGUUUAAAGAGCAGGCUUACAUUGAGGGACAAUGGACCAACGGCGAUGGCCGGUCUCAAUUUUCCGUGCUCAGUCCAUACUCGAAAGAGUAUCUCGGAUCCUGUCCAGACCUAGACAUAAAUACCACCAAUACGGCCAUCGAGGCAGCCCAGAAAGCAUUCGAUGAUUUCCAGCAUACAUCCGCUCGCCAACGUAUGACAAUCUUGAAAAACUGGUUCGAGCUGAUGCGCGAACAUGAAGAUGACCUAGCUACCAUCCUGAGCCUCGAAAACGGACGGCCCAUCGCAGCAGCCCAUGCAGAAAUCAAGUACGCCGCAAGCUUCCUGGAAUGGUUCCAAGGCGAGGCCGUCCGCUCUUACGGAGACUCCAUCGCCGCCAGCGCCCCCGGGACCCAGGUCGUGACCAUCAAGCAACCCGUCGGCGUGGUAGGCAUUAUCACCCCUUGGAAUUUCCCAUCCGCCAUGAUAACGCGCAAAGUAGGCGCGGCUCUGGCGGCUGGGUGUAGCAUGGUCGUGAAGCCUGCGGCAGAGACACCCUUUUCUGCCUUGGCCUUGGCCGAGCUGGGCGAGCGAGCUGGAGUGCCAGCAGGAGUCUUGAACGUGACGACGACACAGAAGAAUAUUGCUGAUGUCGGAAAGCUCAUAUGUGAGCACCCUUCCGUCAAGAAGUUGUCAUUCACGGGCUCUACAGGGGUUGGGAAAAUCCUUAUGCAGCAGUCAAGCCAGUCGUUGAAGAAACUUUCCAUGGAGCUCGGCGGAAAUGCUCCCUUUAUUGUUUUUAACGACGCCAAUUGUGAGCAAGCCAUUCAAGGACUGAUGGCAGCCAAAUUCCGCGGCUCGGGACAAACUUGUGUGUCGCCCAACCGCGUCUAUGUCCAAAAGGGAAUCCACGACAUCUUCAUUCAAAGGUUGCAGCAGGCUAUGGAUACUCAGCUCGUCAAGGGCGACCCUUUGUUGACUGGUACCACAAUUGGUCCCUUGAUCAACGUCAAAGCGGUUGAGAAGGUCGAACGCCUCGUCAGCGACGCCCGCUCUCAGGGCGCCACGGUAGUGACGGGCGGGACACGAUCUUCCGGUGAUCCAGAAAACUACUACCCCCCAACUAUUGUCCGAGGCAUGACACAUUCGAUGCAAGCUAGCAAGGAGGAGCUCUUUGGGCCGGUUGUGGCAAUCUACCCUUUUGAGAGUCAGCAGGAGCUGCUUCAGAUGGCAAACGACGCCGAGGUAGGACUUGGCGCCUACGUUUACACAGAUACCCUCAACCAGGCGUGGAGAACCGCUGAGCUACUCCAGACUGGCAUGGUCGGGGUCAAUACAGGUGUCAUAUCAGAUCCCGUGGCUCCUUUCGGCGGAGUCAAGCAUUCCGGAUUCGGGCGCGAAGGCGGCAGGAUCGGCAUUGAUGAGUUCCAGAUUCUAAAGGCAAGUCGGCAUUUGUCCACCUUACAACCAGCGGCUGUUUUACUAAUCUUGGCAAUCACUAGACAAUCACUAUUGGUGGGCUCAAGCCGUAAACUCGGCAACGGUGUCCGUCUAUACACCCCCUCACCGACCGUAUUGUUAUUGAUGGGUACAGUCCUGGGUGGAGUCUGUCUGGAGCCCAAGUACUCCUCUUAUAACCUUCAUGUAACCGAGAACCGACUAGGAAGGGGAGGGGGGUGUGCAUAG